CUGCAAAUAGCGUUAGUGGCGUCUGCUGCUGUCAAGCUAUUGUUUUGUUUUGAAAUUUUGGUGUAAUUAGUUUGUUAUCCACGAUUUUAUUGUACUUAAGUGAAAAUAACCACUCUAAAUAUCGAUCAUGACCCAGUCCUAAUAUUGUCUUUGAUUGAGAACCGCGUGUACGAGUAGAAAACAAUAUUUUAUUCAAUACUAGUACCGCCUAACCAAUGCUCAAUGUUUUGAAGUUGGUCUGACCAAAUGUUACUUCAUUCCAUAGUAAGUUGAUUUGAGUGGGAUGCUUCAUUGGAUUCACAACCAUGGUACGGGUCCAAUGGAAAAUAUUUUCUUUUCCCCAUAGACUGAGGAAAUGGUUUUCAACUUAUUAUUCCAAGAUAGUUCUCACCAUACGGUCUUUGACUUACAAUCAUUUUAUGAACUCAAGUUAUGCAUCAGAUGUCAUAAUGGAACCAAUGAUUUGGUUUGUCGAUAAUUUUACCAAAUUUUUAGGACCCUUUUUUAUAGUUUGUGUCAUUACAUUAACAGCAUCAGUGGUAGGAAUCUGUUAUUGGAUUGGUUUACCAUAUUGGUGGGAGAAAAGUCCCACUGCCACCAUACCCAUUUUAAUAAUUGGGCAUUGGCUGCUAGUCAAUAUAUGUUUUACAUACUACAUGGGAGUUGUAACUCCCCCUGGAUAUCCCCCUGAGGGAAGUCUCAUUACUGAAGCUGUAAGUAUAUGUAAAAAGUGCAUUGCUCCAAAACCACCAAGAACUCAUCAUUGCUCAGUGUGCAACAGAUGUGUAUUAAAAAUGGACCAUCACUGCCCUUGGCUGAACAAUUGUGUUGGUCAUUUGAAUCAUCGUUAUUUCUAUACAUACAUGGCCUGGAUGUGUAUAGGAAUUAUUUUUAUUAUUAUUUUUGGUCUAGAAAUUCUGUAUGCUGAAGUAUUUGUACACUCUUUUCAAGGAGAGGACUAUGAGGAGGUUGAAUUAGAGGGCCAUCCAGUUAGAGUGAACACCUCUGGUGCUAUCAUUCCUGUGACAGAAGAGGGGUGGGGCGCAACUGUAGGUAGCAAGGGAGAACCUGAGAUGGAUGAUGCAGCAUGGAGAAGACGAUUCAUCUUGUAUGUGGCUCUUCUCUGUACAGGUACAAUUCUGGCCCUAGGAGCACUUACUAUAUGGCAUGGAAAACUCAUAAACCGAGGGGAAACCAGCAUUGAAGCCAAUAUAAACAAGAAAGAGAGAGAACGUUUGGCAAAGUUCAAAAGAACUUAUGUUAACCCCUAUGAUUUUGGAAAAAGAAGAAACUGGAUGCUCUUUCUAGGGCUUGUCAAUGGAAGGAAUUGGCGACAUAUUCUUUUUCCCUCAAGACAUCCUCCAGUGGGAAAUGGUCUGCAUUGGAAGACUGUAGACUCUGAUAGUGAUGGGGAAGAUGACUAUGACUGUAAAACUUUGCAAUCUUGUGUGUCGAGCUGAAUCUUUGAUUUUCAGCUUUAGGAUAUUUGAAUUGAUGAGAAAUACCAAUGUAACAUUUUUGA